AUGGACCGCCAGCACAGUUUUCGACCAUCGUCGCGGGACGUUCAUGAUCUUAUAUGCGCGGAAGACCACAGAGGUAAGUCCCCUGCUGCAUAUGUUGAACACUUUCGUGUUGCUCGAGCCACCAAAUUUUUCCCGCAUCCAGCCAUUCUGAGCCGGCUCUACGAUUUCCUGUUCGGCGUGUGUGGUCUAUCUGUCCUACACUUUCGUCGGUUCGACCUCACGGCUCAGCAAGAACAAGCAAAUGCCAACCACUUCAACGCGCGCAACUUUUCCGCCAGUGUGGAGCUUCCCAAACUUACAGGAGAGCCGUGUCUCGGUGAUCUGAAAGCUGCUUUGGGUGUUCUGGGUACCUAUUGCAACGAAUUCUUUGACGGCCACACCUGCCGGCUAGUGGCUGAAGCAAAGGAAUUUGCUGAAGAACGCAGUGAUUACGAGUCAUGGUCCCACGCAGAGGUAUCAGCUCUCGCAUUCUGGUGUAGCAACGGGCUGGCUGCGUAUCGGCUUGCCUGUGAGUACGACAUUGACCACCAGACGUCCACACAUCUCCGCGUACAAGAACGCUUUACGCUUCACGAUCGCGAGCUCAGCGGCAUGUUACUACAGUUAUCGCGACAGUCUUGGCGUGGCCCUAUUUACACUGCCCAACAUGCGGAACCUCAAAGCCGGGCAGCCUUUGGCGGCAAGCCGUACUCUCAACCGCCGACGUCGUCCUCGACGCCGACAGCGACGUCGAAGCGCACUGUGCCUGUCGAAGUUGGCCUCGUGGUACCACGUGAGGAGGAUGGUAAACAGUCGUGUCUGCGCUUCAUAUCCAAGAAGGGGUGUCCUUCUACGUCGUCCACGCGCUGCACGCACCCAUUCCUAGCUCACUUCGUUCCAAAGGAGAAGAUCGACCCCGUGAUCAAGAAGCACGUCCAAGACAAACUCGGUGGUCUCAGAUCUGAUCUUUUCCACUUAAGAAGUGAAGUGCGGAGGGACACCCGCGUAAGUCUUACUCUCGAAACUGUCGUCGCCAUUCAAGGUCACCUGGAGGAGAAGCUCCGGUGUGCGGAGCAGAGUAGGCAACGCAGUCGCCGUGACGCCUUCGCUGCUGCUGGCGUCAACCUACCAACUACACUUCCGAGUUUAGCCCCGCAGUCUGGACGUAUCAAGCAGCAUCUGGGCGUAUCAAGCAUCAUCUGGACGCCGACGCUCAGCAAGUUCUGUCCGAGCUUGUCCGCCGUGCUAAUUUGACGUUAGAAGUUACAGUCCGCCUUUGGAGAGGUCAAACACUGAGCGAUCCGCGCCCCAACAAGGCGUUCUCGUGUGAACAUUUAGAGUGGCUACUGCAUGGAUACGAUCUACAACACGUCGUGUUAUCGACAAUUUGGGACGGCGUUCAGCACCC